AUGGGAAAAGUUCACGGAUCACUCGCCCGUGCCGGCAAGGUCAAGUCUCAGACCCCGAAGGUUGAGAAGCAAGAGAAGACAAAGACCCCCAAGGGCCGUGCUAAGAAGAGGCUCACAUACACCCGACGAUUCGUCAACGUCACAUUAACUGGCGGAAAGAGAAAGAUGAACCCCAACCCUGGCUCGUAA